AUGGUCUGCUUUCGUUUCUUGGUGGACCAAAGUCGGAAGCUGAUCAGUAUUAAGCAAGCAGCCGGGAUAUGCUCGAGGUGCGGAGGCGGAGCAAGCGUCGGAGAUAUGAUGACAAUCAACCGGUUUUGUUAUGUCCCGUUUUAUUGGAAGUCUUGGAAAGCUAUAAUUUGCACCUUCUGUGGAGCUAUUCUUAAAUCUUACAUAUGAAAGAAGUCGGAGC